CACCAACGCGGGAAAUUAUGGUUAACCCAUUUCUUGAUGGAAUCGGAUAAUUCCCAAUCGAUUGGGACUAUGAGUCCACGGGAAACUUCGCCAUUACAGAAAACUCAAGACAGGUGUCAGCAAGGCGAAGGCAAUCCAGGCAGAAUUAAAAUGGAGUAUGGAGUUCGAGAGAUUCAUAAGCCUCACUCGAUGAACAGAUAGGGGGAACAAGAAGAGGAAGAGGAAGAGGAAGAGGAAGAGGAAGAGGAAGAUUCAAUUCAACGGAAUUGGAAAUGGAGAUUUCCAGUUUCAAUAACAAAUGGGUAUCAACAGUAGCCAGCGUAUGGAUUCAGUGCACCAGUGGGUCUCUCUACACCUUCUCCAUCUAUUCCCAAACCCUCAAGUCAACUCAGGGUUAUGAUCAGUCCACUUUGGAUAUCGUUUCUGUCUUCAAAGACAUUGGUGUCAAUUGCGGCGUCCUCGCGGGCUUUCUCUACUACUAUGCCACCGCUGAUGGUGGUGGUAGUCGGCCGUGGAUUGUUCAUUUAGCCGGUGCAAUUCAGUGCUUCUUGGGUUAUUUCCUGAUGUGGGCUGCCGUUGCUGGCGUCUUUCCUCGCCCGCCGCUUCCCACUAUGUGCUUUUUCAUGUUGGUGGCUGCUCAUGCUCAGAGCUUCUUCAACACGGCUAACGUUGUAACUGGCGUUCGGAAUUUCCCCAGUUAUAGUGGGACGAUUGUCGGAAUCAUGAAGGGGUUUCUUGGUUUGAGUGGAGCAAUAUUGAUUCAAGUAUACGAGACAAUAUUUAAUGAACAACCUACUUCGUUUCUUCUAAUGCUGGCACUGCUUCCGACCCUUAAUUCCUUAUUGUUCAUGUGGUUUGUGAGAAUUCACAAUGCAGACGAUGGUGUUGAAAAAAAGCAUCUAAAUUCCCUAUCCAUAGUUACUCUGUUCCUUGCUACUUACCUUAUGCUCAAGAUAGUUCUAGAGCAUAUUUUCACUUUCCAGUUCCCUCUACAAGUUGCUUCAUUUAUUCUACUUCUGAUAUUGCUUGCUUCUCCUCUAUAUGUUGCAAUUAGAGCCCAACAGAGAGAAUCCAGAAAGAUUUUGCACCCUUCUGUUACUGAGAGUGAUCAGCUGAUUAGUCGCUCCAAUCAAGAGAGCGAGGAGUUUGACAAUGAACGGAGAAGGGAAUCUGAAGAAAGCCUGAACCUCUUUCAAGCUUUAUACACCAUAGACUUCUGGAUAUUAUUUUUUGCAACAGCUUGUGGCAUGGGAACAGGAUUAGCCACAGUGAAUAAUAUCAGCCAGAUAGGAUUAUCUCUUGGUUACACAAGCUUGGAGACAACUAUUUUGGUUUCCCUGUGGAGCAUCUGGAAUUUUUUUGGUCGUUUAGGAGCUGGAUAUGUAUCGGAUUAUUUUCUCCAUGCAAAAGGGUGGGCUAGGCCAUUGUUCAUGUUCAUCACUCUGGCAACCAUGAGCAUUGGACAUGUAGUGAUUGCCUCUGGUCUGCCUGGUGCUCUUUUCGCUGGUUCGGUGCUAGUGGGUGUUUGCUAUGGGUCUCAAUGGUCAUUAAUGCCAACAAUUACUUCUGAAAUAUUUGGUGUUGUACACAUGGGUACUAUAUUCAAUGCCAUUACAAUAGCAAGCCCUGUUGGAUCUUAUAUAUUUUCAGUUAGAGUUAUUGGGUAUAUGUAUGACAAGGAAGCAUCAGGUGAAGGAGGUACUUGUACUGGAACUUACUGCUUCAUGUUAUCAUUUCUGAUUAUGGCUUUUGCCACCCUUUUGGGCUCUUUGGCAGCCCUUGGCUUAUUUUUCUGGAGAAGAAGUUUCUACGAUCAAGUUGUUUUUAGAAGGCUGCAACACUCAUCGAGUGGAUAAAGGAGUAAAUACUACAUAUGACAUACAAAGUGAAAUAUGGAGGUUUUCCUGGUCACUGCUAGCAAGGAGUUCCAAUUCACUUCUACCGGUUUGCUUUUUGCGACUGAGAACGAGGCGGUCGAGCUAUUGUUCCACUGUUUAGUGCAGGAUAAUAUUAUCCUGAAUCUUCUCCCGAUAUAUCACCAUAUUCUAGUUUCUAUCUGUCUAGAAAUUGAUUAGAACACAAUCCGCUCAACUUCUGGCAGAGCUGGUUGGGGGGGAGGUGCAACAUGUUUUGGAUGUUUAUGGUGCUUCAUGAUCAAUUUUCAAGGUUGUGGAAGAUGCUUGUGCCCUCAUAUUAAGCUCUGAUAUCAGGUCCCAGCUUUCGUCCGAGUCAGAGGACUCCUAUCUUGAAAGCAGAAUCAAAAUUGUCUCUGUCAACUUCGCAGUGCCCGCCCGUCCUACACAUAUGCUGUCGUGAAGCAAGAACCAGCCAGAAUGGAUGACUCUUACCUGGCUUUCUGGAUGACAUGAAAUCCUCUAGCUCACUUGAUUGGGGACAGAGUCAGUGUUCAACAAGUGCAAGAGAAAGGAGCUUCAAUCUUCUAGGAUUCGAUCGACCGUGUUACUGUUGCUUUCGUAGUAGGAAGCCUACCAUUUAUUCAUUGAGUUGAAAAAGAAGAAAAGAAGCUUAAGCUAUGGCAGUAAGAAGCUGUAAUUUGAGGGGAGGGCAUAAAUAUCUGCAGAUCUUGUUUGCUGCUCGGCUUGUUCUUUGAGUCCCGCUUCUUCCUUCCCCUCUCACCCCGAUCUACCGACCAAUGUAAAUAGUUGGCAGCUCUACUGCCUGAUAACGUGAAGAGAAGUGGGCAUCAAAUAAAUGUGUUCAUAAUGUAUAGGAAUAUGAAAUCUGCCCCAGGUGAUGGGCAAAUGAAGCAACAGUUUACAAAAGUUGUUUGCCACA